AACAGGUGUUCUUCAAAGCUGGCCUUCUGGGUACUCUUGAGGAGAUGAGAGAUGAGAAACUGGCUGAGCUGGUUACCAUGACUCAGGCUCUCUGCAGAGGAUAUCUCAUGAGAAAGGAGUUUGUUAAGAUGAUGGAGAGGAGAGAGGCUAUCUACUCCAUCCAGUACAACAUCCGAUCAUUCAUGAAUGUGAAGAACUGGCCAUGGAUGAACCUGUACUUCAAGAUCAAGCCUCUGCUGAAGAGCGCUGAGACUGAGAAGGAGUUGAUGCAGAUGAAGGAGAACUAUGAGAAGAUGCAAUCAGACCUGGCUGCUGCUUUGGCCAAGAAGAAGGAACUGGAAGAGAAGAUGGUCUCUCUGCUGCAGGAGAAGAAUGACUUGCAGCUGCAAGUGGCUGCGGAAAUGGAAGGCCUCUCAGAUGCUGAGGAAAGGUGUGAAGGGCUGAUUAAGAGCAAGAUCCAGCUUGAGGCCAAACUCAAAGAGACAACUGAGAGACUGGAGGAUGAAGAGGAAAUCAAUGCUGAGCUGACUGCAAAGAAGAGGAAGCUGGAGGAUGAAUGCUCUGAGCUGAAGAAGGACAUUGAUGACCUAGAACUCACCUUGGCUAAAGUGGAGAAGGAGAAACAUGCCACUGAAAACAAGGUGAAAAACCUGACAGAAGAGAUGGCUACUCAGGAUGAGGCCAUUGCCAAGCUGACCAAGGAGAAGAAAGCCCUCCAAGAGGCCCAUCAGCAAACACUGGAUGACCUCCAGGCAGAGGAAGACAAAGUCAACACUCUGACCAAGGCCAAGACAAAGCUGGAGCAGCAAGUGGACGAUCUUGAGGGAUCUCUGGAGCAAGAGAAGAAGCUCCGUAUGGACCUUGAGAGAGCCAAGAGAAAGCUUGAAGGAGAUCUGAAACUGGCUCAGGAAUCCAUCAUGGAUCUGGAGAAUGACAAGCAGCAGUCUGAGGAGAAGAUCAAGAAGAAGGACUUUGAAAUCAGUCAACUCCUUAGCAAGAUUGAGGAUGAACAGUCCCUUGGAGCUCAGCUGCAGAAGAAGAUCAAGGAACUCCAGGCCCGCAUUGAGGAGCUGGAAGAGGAGAUUGAGGCUGAGAGAGCUGCUAGGGCUAAAGUAGAGAAGCAGAGAGCUGACCUCUCCAGGGAGCUUGAGGAGAUCAGUGAGAGGCUUGAGGAGGCUGGUGGAGCCACAGCUGCUCAGAUUGAGAUGAACAAGAAGCGUGAGGCUGAGUUCCAGAAGCUGCGCCGUGAUCUUGAGGAAGCCACUCUGCAGCAUGAAGCUACUGCAGCAGCUCUUCGCAAGAAGCAGGCCGACAGCGUUGCUGAGCUUGGAGAGCAGAUCGACAAUCUGCAGCGUGUCAAGCAGAAGCUGGAGAAGGAGAAGAGCGAGUACAAGAUGGAGAUUGAUGAUCUGUCCAGCAACAUGGAGGCUGUUGCCAAGGCAAAGGGCAACUUGGAGAAAAUGUGCAGGACUCUUGAGGACCAACUGAGUGAAAUCAAAGCUAAGAAUGAUGAGAAUGUCCGCCAGCUGAAUGACAUUAAUGCACAGAAAGCAAGACUCCAGACAGAGAAUGGUGAAUUUGGUCGCCAGCUUGAGGAGAAAGAAGCUCUUGUUUCUCAGCUGACAAGAGGCAAGCAGGCUUUCACUCAGCAGAUUGAGGAGCUCAAGAGACAAAUUGAGGAGGAAGUCAAGGCCAAGAAUGCCCUGGCCCAUGCUGUUCAGUCAGCCCGCCAUGACUGUGAUCUGCUCAGAGAGCAGUUUGAGGAAGAGCAGGAGGCCAAGGCUGAGCUGCAGAGAGGCAUGUCUAAGGCUAACAGUGAGGUGGCUCAGUGGAGAUCCAAAUAUGAGACUGAUGCCAUCCAGCGCACCGAGGAGCUGGAGGAGGCCAAGAAAAAGCUUGCCCAGCGCUUGCAGGAGGCUGAGGAGUCCAUCGAGGCUGUGAACUCCAAGUGUGCCUCUUUGGAGAAGACCAAGCAGAGGCUCCAGGGUGAAGUGGAGGACCUGAUGAUUGAUGUGGAGAGAGCCAAUUCUCUGGCUGCCAACCUUGACAAGAAGCAGAGGAACUUUGACAAGGUCCUGGCAGAGUGGAAGCAGAAGUAUGAGGAGAGUCAGGCUGAGCUGGAAGGAGCACAGAAGGAGGCUCGCUCUCUGAGCACUGAGCUGUUCAAGAUGAAGAACUCCUAUGAAGAGGCUCUGGAUCAGCUGGAGACCAUGAAGAGAGAGAACAAGAAUCUGCAGCAGGAGAUCUCAGAUCUGACUGAACAGAUUGGAGAGACUGGAAAGAGCAUCCAUGAGCUCGAGAAAGCCAAGAAGGCUGUGGAAACAGAAAAAGCAGAAAUCCAGACAGCUUUGGAGGAAGCUGAGGGCACUCUGGAACAUGAAGAGUCCAAGAUUCUGCGCGUCCAGCUGGAGCUCAACCAGGUUAAGGGUGAAAUUGACAGGAAGCUGGCAGAGAAGGAUGAGGAAAUGGAGCAGAUCAAGAGAAACAGCCAGAGAGUCAUUGACUCCAUGCAGAGCACUCUGGAUGCUGAGGUCAGAAGCAGGAAUGAUGCCCUGAGAGUCAAGAAGAAGAUGGAGGGAGAUCUGAACGAGAUGGAGAUUCAGCUGAGCCAUGCCAACAGGCAGGCUGCUGAGGCCCAGAAACAACUGAGGAACGUCCAGGGACAACUCAAGGACGCACAACUGCACCUUGAUGAUGCCCUCAGGGGACAGGAGGACAUGAAGGAGCAGGUAGCCAUGGUGGAGCGCAGGAACGGUCUGAUGGUGGCUGAGAUUGAGGAGCUGAGAGCUGCUCUGGAGCAGACAGAGAGAGCACGCAAAGUGGCUGAGCAGGAGUUGGUUGAUGCCAGUGAGCGUGUUGGACUGCUUCACUCUCAGAACACCAGCCUUCUGAACACCAAGAAGAAGCUUGAGACUGAUCUGGUCCAGGUCCAGGGUGAGGUGGACGAUGCUGUUCAGGAAGCCAGAAACGCAGAGGAGAAGGCCAAGAAGGCCAUCACUGAUGCUGCCAUGAUGGCUGAGGAGCUGAAGAAGGAGCAAGACACCAGUGCUCACCUGGAGAGGAUGAAGAAGAACCUGGAGGUCACAGUCAAGGACCUGCAGCAUCGCCUGGAUGAGGCUGAGAACCUCGCCAUGAAGGGUGGCAAGAAGCAGCUCCAGAAACUGGAACAGAGGGUUCGUGAACUUGAGUCUGAAGUUGAGAAUGAGCAGAAACGCGGUGCUGAUGCUGUUAAGGGAGUCCGCAAAUAUGAGAGGAGAGUUAAGGAGCUGACCUACCAGACUGAAGAGGACAAGAAAAACAUUACCAGACUUCAGGAUCUGGUGGACAAGCUGCAGCUCAAGGUCAAGGCUUACAAGAGACAGGCUGAGGAAGCUGAGGAGCAGGCCAACACUCACAUGUCCAGGCUCAGGAAGGUCCAGCAUGAGAUGGAGGAAGCUCAGGAGCGCGCUGACAUUGCUGAGUCACAGGUCAACAAGCUCAGAGCCAAGAGCCGUGAUGUUGGAAAGUCUGAUGCUGCUGAGUAAGAAAAAACACUUGAAAGACCACUCAACAGACUUCAUAAAAUAUGAAAAUUCUGUUGUAACCUUUGCUAAAUAAAUUAUUUUAUUCAAUUUA